AAGGCGCCCCCUGGCGGAGAAGGGACACGGCGCCCGCCCCUCACGCCGCCAUUUGACAUCGGUCGCGGCCGGUCCGGGCUCAYCCCCGGCGCGGCCGGAGUCCCGGGCAUGAAAAUGAGCUGCACAAUCGAGAAGGCGCUGGCAGAUGCGAAGGCGCUGGUGGAGCGGCUGAGGGAACACGACAGUGCGGCUGAGGCGCUCAUCGAACAGACCACGGCGCUCAACAAGCGAGUGGAAGCCAUGAAACAGUACCAGGAAGAAAUCCAAGAGCUCAAUGAAGUAGCAAGACAUCGCCCUCGCUCUACACUAGUGAUGGGUAUCCAGCAAGAAAACAGACAAAUUAGGGAAUUGCAACAGGAAAACAAAGUUCUGUUGGCAGAACUGCGCACAUCUCUCGAAGAGCACCAGUCUGCUCUGGAACUCAUCAUGAGCAAGUACAGAGAACAGAUGUUUAGGUUGCUUAUGGCGAGUAAAAAGGAUGAUCCAAGUAUAAUAAUGAAGUUAAAAGAGCAACAUUCCAAGGAGCUGCAAGUGCACGCGGACCAAAUUACAGAGAUGGCAGCAGUAAUGAGAAAAGCCAUUGAGGUGGAUGAAAGGCACGGCUGCAAAGAGCAGGAGCGCAUCACCCAGCUCGAGCAAGAAAACAAAGGCUUGAGAGAAAUUCUUCAAAUCACCAGAGAAUCAUUUCUGAACCUCAAGAAAGAGGAUGCAUCAGAGAGCACGUCCCUGUCAGGAUUAGUGACAAGCAGUGAUCUGAGCCUGAGGAAAAGCUAAGGACUCUGGGAAUCGGCAAGCUUCAGUUGCACAAUUAACCAAUGGAGCAUCAGGGGGCACUGGUCAAGCACUUGUUACUGAAUAGGGCACCAGCAAGAGAAUGCAUCCAACUCCAGCUCAGUGGCUUUUACACUGUGUAAACAUAAAUUCAGCUGGUAUGCUGCAAUACCCUCUGUGACAGAUUGAUUGCCAUAGAUCUAACCUCAGCAGGAAAUGGAUUAAUGCACUUGCUGAAUUGCAGGUUCUUUUUAUAUGAACUCAUUUUACAGUUAAAAGGUGAGAUUUCAAGUAAUUUAUAUAAAUUAUUGCUCAUACAAAGUUUCAGUGCAACUCUUAGAUAAUAAAGGUAAGAUUUCAAAGUCUGAUCUCUGCCUAGAAAAUAGUAACUUACAAGUAAGCUUUGUGCAUGGUCUACUUAGCAUUUUUUCCUUUUGUUUUGGUUUUAAUGAAUUUUCAUUUUGCAACAAACCUCUUUGAUGGGAGGGGCACACAUGCAGCCUAAAACUUGAGGAUCUCUGUCAUUUAGCCUUGGGGUAUUGCUUUCAAAUAUAAGCCCAAUUUUUAAACAUAAGGAAUGCUGUGAAUCAAUAGUUUGGGUGGUGUUUUUUUUUGUUUUUUUUUUUUUUUUAAAUUGAAGGAGAUUCUUUAAAAUAUGUGCACUGAAUUGUAUUGUGAGAAUAUGGAAAGAGCUAUUUCCCACCUUGUUGUUCUCAGGACCACAGGUGCCAAUGCAAUUCUGCCUCAGCUUUUACCUUUAGGAGAGGAAAUCCAGCUCAGUUCUCUAUCAGUAAGAAGCCACAGGAGUCUCAUGUCUUUGUUCUCCAGUUGCUUGCCCAAACUUCCUGACUGGGAAUUGGCAACUGGAAAGCAUUCAAACUGUGGCAGCAGAAAACGGGGUGGAGGAAGGAGGGGACAGCUUCAUGACAGAGUUGGCAGCCUGCAAUUARUAGUCUUAAUUUUCCUUUCUUCAGUACUAACUAGUCAUCAAGAAGGUUUUAAAGAGAGUUAAGCUGUCAGCUACAGAAAACUGUGGAACUACACCUGCCACCCACAGUUUAACAUUCUGGCUGUUCAAUAACCCAUCAAGCAACAUGAGCUGAGCUAUCCUGAAAUCAACCCCCACUUAGCCAAGUUUGAUUUUCAGUGACAACAACAGAAGGAACUAAGCAUCCAACACUUCCAAGCAUGCCAGCUUCAAUGCAGCUUUUUGUGGCUCAGCACAGCUUCCCUGGCUCAAGGUGAAUGUUCCACAGGCCUAAGGGGGGAGCUUUCAGUGUCACUGAAUUGACUUAGGAGCAGCUCAGUAACUUUGUUCUGGUCUCUGUUACUACUCCUUCCUGUGGUGCUUUUAAGAGGAGAAAAAUUAGAAGAGACUGUUAGCAGGAAGCAAAUUCUUGUUUUCAGUGAACUAGUACAUGUGCUGAAAGGAGAGGUAAAUCAGGUCUCCACAUUCUCACUGUCUGGUUUAGAAAUGGAGAAACUGCUGCUUCUCUUUGCAGAUCAUCUUGGCUUCUCUCUAGGCUUAAAAAUAGGCUGAGGACAUUCACAUGCAUGGAAAAGAAGUGAUGGCCAUUUCCAAAGUUUUGAAACAGCCAAGAGGGAACAUUUUAGCUCAAGCACAAAAUAUUCCUGUCUGCUUUUACUAUCUGUAAAGUCUCACCAGUGCUUCUCUAAUUUAGAUUUUGCAUUUCUGCUGUGGCKUGCAAGAUGCUGACUUACCAGAAGCAACAGCUUUUUUUCACUUGAAUGUUCUGUUGUUUUAAACUUACAAGGAGUUUUGGGUUCAGUUGUUGAAGUUCUUGUUUCUGGAAUCACCAUGCACUGGUGUCAAGAGGCAUUACUAUCCAUUUGAUGCUGAAUUCAGCUUCAUGGCUGACUUCUGGUUUAUCUUUUGAAUACAGAAGAGGGUUGUUGGUAUGUGGCAGUACUUUGAGGUUGCUCUAUUACAAAAUAAUGCUUGAUUAGUGUUUAUUUUUGUAAACUAAAAAAAAAAUGUGACUUAAUUUAUCUACUCCUAGUUUCGACAUUUGAUAGCCUCCCCUUUCAUUCCCUUGUCCUGAACACAUUAGGAUUUUAAAGAGCCUUCACAGUGUGUGGGGUGACUAUUUUUCAUUGCAUACCUGUUAUUUUUGUAAUGCAGAUGGCUUGAAAAGGAUUUAUGGCUAGAAUUGUGUACUGUACAGUAAACAUAUUUUAUCAAUAAAGUUGACUGAAAACAUGGAUGUCUCCACAGUUAAAGC